UCUUUCUUACAUUUGCAACAUAAGAUGAGUGACACCGUUAACGAGACUUCUGCUUCCAAACGCCGUGAGUUUGAGAGGAUCAAGCUCGAACUGUUUCAAAAAGGCUUUGCUGCGCUCAGAGAUACGUCCUCUGGCUUCAAGGACCUGGCGGCAACCAAUCGGUUGUAUGCCGAAUGGUUGACAAGAACAAGGCCACUUGAGGAGGAGAGUUCGUCGUCCUCGGACACUGAACAUCAAAUAACCCAAUUACAAAAAGGCCUUGCUGCUCAUAAAGAAAUAGCGCGGGCUGAUUUGCUCUAUGCACAAGCGGUAGUUGGCCUAAGGCCACUUGAGGAGGAGAGUCCGUCUUCCUCGGACACUGAACAGCAAGAAAACGUGUCCUCUGAGCACACCUGCGCCUCAUGAAAAUGUUCACUCUAUUAUUGUGGUGUAUUUUUUUCUCUAAAAUACACAUAUUAGCAUGAUCAACAUGUUGAGAUGCUUCUAUACAAUCUGACAAAAGGA